AUGUCAUCAACACAAAACCACUCUGAAACAUUCAAAGAAGAUGAAGAAGACUGCUUAUUCGCCUUACAACUAGCCACGGGCUCGUUGGUUCAUAUGGUACUGAAAGCUGCCAUCGAGCUAAAUCUGCUAGAGAUCAUGGCAAGAGCUGGUCCAGGGAAACACCUUUCACCUAUAGAGAUAGCAGCUCAGCUCCCUAUAAAGAACCCAGAAGCUCCUGUUAUGCUUGAUCGUAUGUUGCGUCUCUUGACCAGCUAUUCUAUACUUACUUCCUCUCUGGUCACUGGUGACGAUGGUCGAGUUCAAAGGCUCUACGGUUUAGCUCCUGUUUGCAAAUUUUUUGUUUCAAACAAAGAUGGAUCUUCGUUGUCUCCUUUGCUUCUCUUGAUGCAAGACAAGGUUUACAUGGAGAGCUGGUACCACUUGAAAGAUGCAGUUCUUGAAGGAGGAAUUCCAUUUAACAAGGCUUAUGAAAUGCAAAUCUAUGAAUACCUUGGGAAGGAUUCAAGGUUCAACCAAAUUUUCAAUAAAGCAAUGUUUAACUCUUCCUUCACACUCAUGAAGGGAAUAGCUGAGAUUUAUAGGGGAUUUGAGGAUGUGAAUGUGGUGGUUGACGUGGGCGGAGGACUAGGGGAGAAUCUUAACUUGAUCACUUCCAAGUACCCUACCAUUAAGGGCAUUAACUUUGAUUUGCCUCAUGUGAUAGCUAAUGCACCGUCCUAUCCUGGGGUGGAGCAUAUUGCAGGGGAUAUGUUUUUGAGUGUUCCAAAAGGGGACAUCAUCUUUAUGAAGACCAUACUUCAUAACUGGAGUGAUGCGCAUUGCUUGAGUUUAUUGAAGAACUGCUAUGAAGCGUUACCAGAAAAUGGGAAGGUGGUUGUUGUGGAAACAAUUCUUCCAGAGAUGCCUGAGACUAAUUUACUGGCAAAAGGUGGAUUUGGAAUGGAUUUGAUUAUGAUGACACAACACAGUGGAGGAAAGGAGAGGACAGAUAAGGAAUACAGGGCCUUGGCAAAUGGUGUUGGAUUUAGUGGCGCUACACUCAUCUGUCGUCUUUUUGCCUCCUCAGUCAUGGAAUUCUAUAAAUAGAUGUGAACCUAU